AUGGAACGGAUAACAUUUCUUACGGCGAUCAUUUCGUCUUUAGUUGGUCUAGCUAUGGCCGGAGACUAUCACUGUUUGAGCUACAAAUCGGCCACAACGGUAAUGGCCGAGUGCCGGAAACUGCUCGGAUACUCGCCGCAUGGUUCAUGGUAUGAAACGGAACCCUGUCAGGUGUACUGUGGAACAAGAAUCACCCGGAUGUGGAACGAAGAAUUGGGCGAGCCACUCAUAUCGAAUUCGGGUCGGUUUCAACAUGUCGGCAAUGAUACCGAUCACUUCCAACGAACCGUGAACAAUUGUUGGGAAAAUGUUAAAGCUAGUGUGCCGAAGUGCGAUCACUGCAGCCGAGCUGAUGCUGCGUUUAGCUGCUUCAAUACAGCAAACACUAGAAACGAGUCGUUCUUCAUACCUCAAACGGACCUUCAGCAUCGGCGGGUUCUGUUGGAGUGCGUCAACAUGCUGCAGAUCACGUCGCACGAGUUGGACUUCGUCAAGCGAAGUGGUUUGCUGAAUCAUCCGAAAGGCCGUUGUCUGGUGAGAUGUCUGAUGAUACGAGAGCAGCUGUACAGUGAAGUCAACGGGGUCGAUGUCUUCCGGACGUUGGUGCAACGGGGAGUUGACGGCAAAUCGCGGGAGUUCCGGAAGCAUGUUGCCAACUGUGUUCAAUAUCUACAACGGUGCUUUCUAGAUCGCUGCACUCUGGCGGCUCGGAUUGCGGCGGAAUGCUUUGGGGAAAGGAUAUGGCCCGCUAUCAAUAAAAUUGUUGAAGAUCUUUGA